AUGGAUCAGUGGAACAAGUUACGGUUCCAAGAUUACAAAACUCUCAUUGCAUAUAAUUCUGCUAUGCACCAGAUUACAGCAAAGCUAGAAUUUUGUGGAAAAACUAUAACUGAAAAAGAAAAGUUGGAAAAAACUUUUUCAACUUUCCAUGCAUCUCAGGUAUUAUUGCAACAACAAUAUAGAAUGAGGGAAUACACUGAGUAUUUUGAUUUAGUUGCAGCUCUUCUGGUGGCAGAACAAAAUAAUGAGCUCCUUAUAAAAAACCACCAGGCACAACCCACAGGGACAAUGCCAUAUCCUGAAAUUAAUGCCACGACCUUUAAUCGUGGGCGUGGUGGCUUUAAUCGUCUUAAGAGACGUGGUGGUCAUGUUCGUUCUGAUGUUAAUAAUGGUCAUGCUCGUUUUGAUGGUCAAAAUGAAGGAGGAUAUCAUGGUCGAAACCUUUUCCACGGUCGAAACUAUUUUCGUGGUAGAGGACGUGGAUGA